AUGACUGCGACGACUAUUUCCAAAGUUUACGCUGAUGUAAAUGAAAAGAAACCGCAAGAAUAUUGGGACUAUGAAAAUAUUUCAAUCAUUUGGGGGGAUUUGACCAACUACGAGAUUGGGAAUAAGGUCGGCAGGGGCAAGUAUAGUGAGGUCUUUGAUGGAUAUGCGUUACCCAGCGGUCAGAGGAUAGUGAUAAAGGCCUUGAAGCCCAUCAAGAGAAAAAAAAUCAAAAGAGAAAUCAAGAUUUUACAAAACUUAUCUGGUGGGCCCCAUAUCAUUCAACUCUUCGAUAUAGUGAGAGAGCCGACUAGCAAGAUGUCUGCCCUCAUUUUCGAACAUGUUCAAAACUUAGAAUUUCGUACAUUAUAUCCCACAUUCACAGACUAUGAUAUUAGAUUCUACAUGUUUAAGGUUCUCGAAGCUUUAGAUUAUGCCCAUUCAAUGGGUAUAAUGCAUAGAGACGUGAAGCCACACAACAUCAUGAUUGAUCAUAAUGCUAGGAAACUAAGACUAAUCGAUUGGGGGUUAGCGGAAUUCUACCACCCGGGCACAGAGUACAACGUUAGGGUUGCGUCAAGAUACUUCAAAGGGCCUGAACUUUUGGUCGACUUUAGAUAUUAUGACUAUUCAUUAGAUUUGUGGUCCUUUGGUGCAACCCUUGCAUCUAUUGUUUUCCGAAAAGAGCCGUUUUUCCAUGGUAAAUCAAACACCGACCAGCUUGUUCAAAUUGCUCGCAUUUUGGGUACUGAUGACCUACAUAGAUAUCUAGACAAAUAUGAAUUGAAAUUAGGACCUGAAUAUGAGGAUUUAGGACACUACAUUAGAAGACCAUGGUCUAGGUUUGUCAAUUCCAACAACCAACAUUUGGUGAGUGACGAAGUAAUAGACUUGAUUGACAAAGUCCUUCGAUAUGAUCAUCAAGGUAGGUUAACAGCAAAAGAGGCAAUGGACCAUCCUUAUUUUGACCCUGUUAGAGAAGAUGCAAAAUUUAAGUAG